AUUAUUUAUCUUGAGGUUCUUCCCUCUUGCUCUUUUCAUACAGUUUGAAGAUGCCGUUUUCUGUAGGCAAAUGUUACAACUGAUAGUUAUGUAGGAUAUCUGCGAGAGUAAAAGUUAAAUCAUUUUUCGAACGUUGUUAUUCGAAGGCUACUUUUUCAGGAAGUGGUCCAUCACGUGCAGAAAGAGAAAGGGGGUAACAGUACAUUCGCCGAUGCUCUAUCCGCAAUUGUCAUGUCGUUGUAUUGUUUCUUUUGACGGUUAAUUAUUUAUUAAUUAACUAUGAAAUGUGGGCUGGCAAUUAGGCUUAAGUCGUUCAGUGUUUUGCCUUGGGAGUGGUUGGUUUUGCGAGCAUUAUUUGGCACCCCCCCCAAAAUACAUAUUUUUCAACGACAGACAUCCACCCAUGGUCGUGGUACGCGCAGGCUACCUGACCAAUGUUUUUUGUUUUGACAAUUUUCGGAUAUAACAAACUGCUCUGUUCCGGACAUACACCCACAUUCAUCACUGGAAACACAGAAUUGCUUUCCAUUUUUUUUUUUGUAUAGUAAUGGUGCGAUAGUGACAAGAAACCUAUUUUGGGUUCAUUUUAUUUCCAGAAUGAGGUAUAUCAUUGAUACCUUUCUUCACAUGAAUAAUCAACCAAACAUGAAGUGGAUAGCCUAGAAGGCUAUUCGGACAGUUUUCUAGACAAUUGUCGUGUUCGGUGCUUUUUACAAUGAAAAUGAGUAUUUGAGGAUACAAUUCUGUCUCACUGCUCCCGAACCUGGGGUUGCGGGUAGGAAAGGCGGCUAUUGCCUUGGAACACUGGCUAGGCGGUGGAGCGGCCAAUGUCGACCGUUAUCUUCGUUAGAAUAUAAUCUUGUAUAUAACUGUUACCUACAUAAAAACCAAGUAGCCUAAUAGAAAGGAUACCUCAGGGACAAUGUCUUCUCGUGCAGCACUACCUGGGAACGAGCGGAAAUCGGACCUCCAUACCUCUCUCUCGACGAGCCGCUCGGAGAAGAGCACCGGUUGGUCGAGCAGAUCACUCGGAGCACGAUGCCGGAACUCUAUCGCCUCGUGUUCGGACGAGCAGCCGCACAUCGGCAACUACCGUCUGCUCAAGACCAUCGGCAAGGGCAACUUCGCCAAGGUCAAACUGGCCAGGCAUAUCUUGACGGGCAAAGAGGUUGCAAUAAAGAUCAUUGACAAAAAUCAGCUCAACCCGACCAGCCUACAGAAGCUCUUCAGAGAGGUACGCAUCAUGAAAGGCCUCAACCACCCAAAUAUCGUGCAGCUGUUUGAGGUGAUCGAGACGGAGAAUACACUCUAUCUGAUAAUGGAGUACGCCAGUGGGGGUGAAGUGUUUGACUACCUCGUGUCCCAUGGGAGAAUGAAAGAGAAAGAGGCGCGGGCCAAAUUCCGUCAGAUUGUGUCUGCUGUACACUACUGUCACCUGAAGAACAUUGUUCACAGGGACCUUAAAGCUGAGAACCUCUUGCUGGAUGCCGACUCUAACAUCAAGAUCGCAGACUUUGGCUUCAGUAACGAGUUCACCAUGGGCAACAAGCUGGACACGUUCUGUGGCUCCCCUCCCUAUGCCGCUCCGGAACUGUUCCAGGGGAAGAAGUACGACGGUCCUGAGGUGGACAUCUGGAGCCUGGGGGUCAUCCUCUACACACUGGUCAGCGGAUCACUGCCCUUCGACGGGCAGAACCUCAAGGAGCUGCGGGAGCGUGUUCUGCGGGGGAAGUACCGCGUGCCCUUCUACAUGUCCACCGACUGCGAGGGCAUCCUGCGCAGGUUCCUGGUGCUCAACCCCACCAAACGCUGCACCCUGGAGCAAAUCAUGAACGACAAGUGGAUUAACUCUGGCUACGACGGAGAAGAACUGAAGGCUCAUAUAGAGCCCCUGGAGGACCAUAAUGAUGGCAGCCGCAUCGAGGUGAUGGUGGGGAUGGGUUACACCCGUGACGACAUCAAAGACGCUCUGACCACUCGGAAGUACAACGAGGUCACCGCCACCUACCUGUUACUGGGACGCAUGAAUGAGGUGGAGGGCAGUGAGUCUCGGUCAACCAGCAGUCUGAGCCUGGCGCGGGUACGGCCAAGCACCGUCACCAACGGCACCAGUAAACACUCCACCACCACCACCUCUGCCUCCUCCUCCCACAGCAAGACCACCCAGCGCAGCGCCUCCACCUACCACCCCCGCAGGAGGCACAGUGACUUCUGCGGUCCAGCAGCGCCCCCAUCCCACCCCAAGCGUAGCCCCAGCAGCGUGGCGGGGGCAGACAGGGAGCUGAAGGAGGAGGGGGGGCGCAUGGCGUCCCGUAAGGUCAGCAGCAGCGUGGUGGGCAGCCGUUCCAUCCAGCCCCCCUCCAGCCCCAUGGUCAGCAGCGCCAACAACCCCAACCAGUCAGAGAUUCCCGACCGCCGUAAGGAGAUUAACACCGCCACGAACAACGUCCCAGCAAGUGCCAUGAUCCGCCGGAACACAUACGUGUGCACCACGGACCGGAACAGCACAGACAGGCCCUCCCUGCUGCAGAACGGCAAGGAGAACAGCUCCAUGUCCCACCGGCUGCCCCCGGCCUCACCCUCCACCCACAGCAUCGCUGGGGCCUCGGGGACCUCCUCCUCUUCGGGCUCCCGCCUCACACGGGGCUCCAGCAUCCGCAGCACCUUCCACGGGGGCCAGCUGAGGGACCGGCGGCCUCCCUCCCAUGCACCCCCCACCUCCCCCACUCUGUCCCACGACGCCAGCCCCCUGCCCCACGCACGUACCCGCGCCACCUCCAACCUGUUCAGCAAGCUCACCUCCAAGCUCACGCGCAGGGUCAAUCUUGACCCCUCUAAGCGUCCCAACUCAAACAAGUCCGUCUCGGGCUGCACUCUUCCGCAGGGAUCAAAAACAGUUAGGUCACAGACGAACCUGAGAGAGUCUGCAGAUCUCCGGUCACAAGCCUCGGCUGCACAGUCUCUGGUCAGACAGUCUCUGGUUAAAUCCAGCAGUCGCCAUCUACCUGGGCAUCAAAAAGCGGCAGAGCCCCGGACCCCCCGAUGCGGCUGGGAUGUGAGGGUGCGGAGCCCGCGGGACCCGGCGGAGGUGGUGCUGGCGCUGCGCGAGGCGGCCCAGGGCUGCGGCUGCCAGGUCCACCUGGCUGGGCCCUUCCUGCUCUCCUGCACCCACGGGGCGGCUGGCUCACGCGUGGCCUUCGAGGCUGAUGUGUGCCAGCUGCCCGCAGGCCCCGCCGAGACCAGCGGCGUGCGCUUCAAAAGGCUGUGGGGGGCGCCGCUCGCCUUCCGGGACAUCGCCACAAAAGUGUCCAAGGAGCUGGAGCUCUGAGGGCGACAGGGGGUGGGGCAGAGGGCUUCUAUACUGGACAGACUGACUGAGGGGGCGGGAGAAGGAGACGGGCAGAACCCGCUACCCCCACUGCCAACCUCGCCUCACCCCCGCCAAAGACCCGCUUCUGGUGCCACACUGACACACAGGCACGGAUGGUCCGGGCCCGCCACUCAGAGACCUAUGACCUACAAACCCUGCUAAGGCACCUCAAUAUUAUGUGAAUCUACGGAGUCAAGCAGUUAUUUUUUAAUUCCAUAUUUGCAGAUGAAGAUAUUUUUCGUCAAUGUCGUUAUGAUUAUAUUUGUUGUCGUUCCUUUAUAACAGCUGCUAUUUAAACGUUUUUUAAAUUUAGUUUUUCUUGUUUUCGCUUCAAUGAGUGAUUGACGCAGACUAAAUGCAUAUUUAAGAAACAAGGGACCAGCCCUUUCCUAGACAGACCUCCAGGCUAUAGAGCAGGGGUUUCAAACUCAUUUUGCCCUGGAGGCCGCAUUCGGUCUUCAACGAGGUCCGGAGGGCCGCACUGAAAAUGUGACAUAUUUCUUCGCAGUCAAUUUACCAAAAAUAGCCCUCUACCCAUAGUUUUUUUGAAAUGAUUAUGCUCUAGCUUUAGACUGCCUAGCUUUAUUUGGGAGAUUAUUAACAAGCUGGACACAGUCAAUAAACUGUAUGAAUGUAGGUCCAUUAUCUUAUAAUUUCUACACAGUUUCAAUUUGGUUGUAGUUAUUUUAAAGUAUACCAUUGUUCUGUUUUGUUUUACUGAAACCCGCGGGCCAAAUUGGACCCCCUCACGCACCGAAUCCUGCCCGUGGGCCGUAUGUUUGACCCUCCUGCUAUAUAGGGAGACAUGCAGAAAUGCAGAGACGGACAACAACAAAAACAAUGCUGUAAAACAAAAUGCCAGAUUCUUCUGCCCAUCCAUCGCAUCUGCUCAAUUCUGUAAGUCUCGUCUGGCCAGUCACCCUCUGCUACUCUCGUCAAGUUUCAUUUUGUGUUUUGUAUAUACCGGUAUGUUGGUUACCAAUGAGCAAAGCUGUCUGACUUCAAUGUCCAAAACAGAGUAGGCGAUGACUGCUCUUCUGAGCCACUAACCCUUUGAUUUUCUGCGUUUCAGCAGGUAAUGUACACAGGCAUUCUACACAUUCUUCUGGGAGCACUUUUGGUUUAGCAAUAUCACCUCUUCAAUUGUAUUUCCUCUUAAAUGGUACAGCACAUCCACCAGGCCAAGAUUCCAAACAUGAUUUGAUAUAAGCGGUGUUUAGUAUAAUGUUGGGGAACAUCAUUUGUCACAUUUCAAGGAAUCUCAAUGGAUCACUUUUUUUGUAUAAGAUGACCCAAGAUCGCGUAAAAAAAGAGAAUUAGAUCAACUCCUAAUUUUCUGCUCAAAAAGAAAAUAGUAUCAUUGAUCACACAGACUAACAACUACAGCGAUGCUUGUUGAAUUGCAUUUAGUAUUUCAAUUGGUCAGCAAAACAGGCGUUAUGUAGCCGCUUCCCUUCUGGUAACCAAUCAGCCUUCUGUAUUCCUGAGUGACGUAUGAGAGUGAGGUUGGUAGUUUAGAAUGUGACCCUGGGUGAUGUUGAAAUCAACCCUGACACUCUUCUAUAAAUGAAGCACGCUCCCAAGCUCCUCACAAUAGAUCCAAGUCGGGUAGAUAGUUAAGGCCUGAGUGAGUGACUGUUUGUCACUGGCUUUGGUUUGCACCAAUAAACAGUAAUGGUCCUUGUCGCCUGGCAGUGGGUCACAGCAGCAGACGUGCCAGAACUUCAUUCCCAGUUGGUGCAGUGAGCUGCAGUGGGCUCUUCUAAAGCCCUCAGAACCAUGUUUCUAUUUUCUCAGCUCAGACUGUUGGUGUCGCUGAAUGUUCCUCAACCUUUCUUGUUUGCUGAAAGUCUGUCUGGUCUUUAAAUGGCUCAAAGAUUCAUCAAGAGUGGAUGUUCUCAUUACAGAAUGUGUUUGUCACUGUUCCAGUAUGAUGACAUCUCUACAGUAUGUAACAUCCCAGUUAUAUUCCGUAACCUGUGACACCCCUGACCAUCUUCACCAGCCUGCCCACACUGGACUGCCUGCCCGACACAAUCUUCAGUCGUUUUCAAACUCCACCAUUUUCCACCUUAUUCCUUUUGGCAAAAUGUAAAUUGCACACGUGUAUGGCAGUAUUACGUAGUAAUCCAGGACACUACUAUGACUUCAGUUUGCCCGUUGUAAGGAAUCAUGGGAGUUUUUAGUUGCAACAGGUGGCCACAAAUGUCUUAAAAUGUGAAAGCUGUGAUUUAGGGCAAUUCUUUUGCAACUUUGCCCUAAAUAGGACCUCUUGCCCAACAAUUCCCAUCUGUAUUGUUAAAAGCUUAGGACCAUGCUUCAAGAGUAGGAAGUCGUUGUGCUUUUGAAGCCGUCGCUGUUAUCGAUAAAACGGGGUGCAACUAUGGAAAUGACUGACCUGCAGUCCUGCAUGUCUCCUGAGGAAAAUUGUAUGAAGCAAAAAUAAAUUUCUCCUUUCAAAUUCUGA